AUGGGGGAGCCAAGAUCUUCAUCACCCGCCUCAACAUCUCAAAAUUCUUCAACUUCUUCACCAACAACACCAACAACAUCUUCAUUACCAUCUCCACCUCCACUUCCUACAAACAUCUCCCUCAUUCAACCCUCUCAAAAACGAAAACACAAACCUAAAGUCGUUCGUGUCUUCCGCUCCGUUUUCCGUUCCUUUCCCAUCAUAACCCCCGCUUGCAAAUUCCCUACAAUCACAACAGGACCCAACGACGCCCACCACCACCACCACAAAAACAUCGGUGGAAACAUCGGGACAAAGGUAUCUGGAACGUUAUUUGGUCACCGGAAAGGACGCGUCAGUCUCUCCGUUCAAGAGAAUCCAAAGUGUUUACCUUCAUUGGUUAUCGAACUUUCCAUGCAAACAAGCGUGUUACAGAAGGAAAUGGCGGCAGGAAUGGUGAGAAUUGCACUAGAAUGUGAAAAAAGACAAGAAAAAGACAAGACAUUGUUGACUGAAGAACCGUUAUGGACAAUGUUUUGUAACGGGAAGAAAACGGGUUAUGGUGUGAAGAGAGAUGCUACGGAAGAGGAUCUACAUGUUAUGGAACUUCUUAAGGCUAUAACAAUGGGUGCUGGCGUUGUUCCAACGAAAAAUGAAGUUGAUGAUGUUGAUGGAAGAGAAAUGGCUUAUAUGAGAGCUUCUUUUGAACAUGUAGUUGGUUCUAAGGAUUCUGAGACUCUUUAUAUGUUGAGUCCAGAGGGAAAUAAUCCCGGGCCUGAACUUUCUAUAUUUUUUGUGAGGAUUUAA